AAAGCCCUCCCAGCUACCGAGAUAUUAUUUGCAGACGAUAGCGUCUUGUCCAUUGAUGUACACUUGCUUUUCCGCACAUGGCCGCCGCACCGCACAUGUUGCGACGCAAGUUGCACCCUGAGCUCUCCUAUUUAGUGCGAGUGAACUAUCCAGAUGCGGCAAAGCAAGCUAACAGAACGAGAAGCCAGCACUAGCUUAGCUUACAAGAGAUUCCCAUGGAUUACCCGAUGCAGGAGGUGCAGCAACACCCAGGAUUCCGGGCGGUUCAUCCAUGGCAGUGGUGGCAGUGGCAGCUCUCCGUCCUAGCUUCUUCCUCUUCGCCUCCGGCUCCGUCGACGCGGCCGCCCAACCACGUCAGCUGGGAUGAGACCGGCGCCGCGCAUAUCUACUCCGCCGACCUCCCAGGCGUGAAGAAGGAGGAGAUCAGGGUGGAGAUUGAGGACGGGAGGUACCUCGUCGUACGCACCGAGCUGGACGCUGGUGACGCGGAAGUCCACGGCCGCCGAGGCGGCUUCGCGAGGAAGUUCCGGCUGCCGGGGAUGGUGGACGCUGACGGGAUCACGGCCGAGUACGCCCACGGCGUACUGACUGUGACGGUGCCCAGGAUGCACAACCGGGCCCGGCCCAUGGUCAAUCUCAUCGGGUCUGGUCCUGCCUGCGACCCCGUGGCCAGAGCAGCUUAGACUGAUUUAUUAUUUUAUACUAUCAUUUCAAGUUCCAACGUACUCAACGAAAUGAUGAAUGGAUAAGGUCUAGCCUGUCAGAGUGGCUUAUGCAAUUGUAAAUCAAUCUGUGGUUGUGGUUGGAUGAUUAGAGGAAUAAUCGUAUCGUCAGUCUAUCAAUGUUCAA